AUGAGCGCUGGCGGACCCGGACUCCAUCCCAGUAUCACAGUCGCACCGCGGAUCGGCCAGUUCGGGCUCCCGCCCCACCGACCAGGAGGGUGACGUCCCGGAUUAUGAGCCUGGUGCGGCACAGGAGCACCCACAGCAGCACCCACAGCAGCACCCACAGCAGCACCCACAGCACCCACACAAGCACCCACAGCAGCAGUCAGCAGUGAGCGGCGCUCCCGCAGCAGCAGCGCGUCCAGGAUGAGCGGCACUGCGGCGUCCUCGGGCGGGUCGGCUUCCUGCCGCUUCGCCCACUACUUCGUUGUGUGCGGGGUGGACGCGGACACGGGCCUGGAGCCGGACGAUGGAGCAGGUGAAAACUUUGAGCAGAGCCCCAUUCGACGGUCCUUUAAGUCAAAGGUUUUGACGCACUACCCCGAGAGCACAGACAGGAACCCCUUCAACAAAGAUGCUGUCAACAUGCUCUGUAUGCCCAGAGGUCUGUCCUUCUGCUCUCAAGCUGACAGACACGACCUUCAGUUUCACUCAUUUACCAUCGCCUUUGACGAUGGAACCCGCUCCUACGGCUUUGUUCAUACCUUCUACGAGGAGGUGACCAGUCCUCAGAUUAUCACUGCCAUGCAGACGCUGUAUCAGAUGCACCACGUGGAGCACCACUCCUCCUCGUCGGCUUCCUCUCCCUCUUCAUCAUCUUCUUCUGCCUCCUCGCCCUCCACCUCCAGCAUGGACUCACUUGCGAGCAGCUUGGAGGAGUCGGAUGCCGAGUCUUUGGCCGGGGUUUCUGGCUGCCUCGGCUGCGUCGGCUCCUUUGAUCCAACACGUGACACCCUGUAUGUCUCCAAAGCCCUCUGCCUCAUCACACCUCUCCCUUUUCUGCAAGCUUCACAACAGUUUCUGGCUCAACUGCACCAAGCUGUGACAUCCCAGACAGCCCCUCCCCUUCCUCUGGAAAGCUACAUCCAUAACAUCCUGUAUGAGGUGCCCUUGCCCCCACCGGGACGGUCACUGAGGUUCCACGGGGUGCAAGGGCCCAUCGUGUGCCAGCGUCCGGGGCCAGGGGAGCUUCCUCUGGCAGACUAUCCUCUCGGAGAAGUCUUCUCCCUGCUGGGUGUGGAAAAUGUGGUGAAGCUACUUACCUGUGCGCUUCUGGAGACACAAGUCCUGCUAUAUUCUCAGGACUACCAGCGUUUGAUGAUGGUGGCAGAGGGCAUCAGCACUUUGUUGUUCCCAUUCCAGUGGCAACACAUCUACCUGCCCAUCAUUUCCACGCCACUUCAUCACCUUCUGGAUGCUCCCGUGCCUUUCCUGAUGGGUAUCCAGCGCAGAGACGGAGCUCAGCGAUCCUCCCUCCACCUCCCGCAUGAGGCUAAUCUAUGUUUCGUGGACAUUGACAGCCACUGUGUCGAUGCUCCUGAGGACCUUCCCUCAUUUCCAGAUCAUAUCGAGCUAAUCCAGGAACUGAGUGAGAUACUGUUGCGUUUCGGACUCCCACCGCAGGGAGGAGUGAGCACGAAGGCCACCACAGGCAGCAGCUCAUCCUCUCCUCGCCUGAGCAGCCUGGUGCUGGAGGAUCUGAUGGAGGACAGGAGGAACGGCAACCUCGGAGGCGAGGAGCUGGCAGUGCUGGAGAGACUGCAGGCUCUGGCGAGGAGGUGUGAAGGAGGAAAAAUGUCAGAGGGAGAAAAGACACUGGUCUUUGCAGAGGAGGAGGAAGAGCUGAAGGCUGCAAAGCUGAAUAUUCAGCUGAGGGAGGUGUUUGCUGUUCGUUUUGCUGCCAUGUUUGGCAGGUAUGAGGAGUUUGUCAUCCACAGCGCUCUGGAUUUGGACUCCUGGUUGAGCAACCGAGAAGGGACUCUCAGCUUUGACAAGGGUUCCUUCCUCUCAGUUCAGCCAGCAACCCACUUGCAGUUCUUGUCACGGUUCCUUGAGACAUCCAUGUUUUCGUCGUUUGUGGAUGGGAAAGUUAUAUCACGCUGGGCAGACAGGGAUCCGCUACAGCAGCUGUUCGACAGCCGUUUGGACCGAGGACGAGUCUAUGACACGGGGGAUGAAGAUUCCUGCUGCCGUCCCUACAGGAAAUGCACGUCGCUCUUUGAGUCAGGUCAGACCAUUGAGCAAAGGAUGCUGAAAGUGGACCACACGGCCAUACACCCCCACCUGCUGGACAUGCGGAUCGGUCAGGGUCGUCACCAUCCGGGCUACUUCCCUAAGCUGCAGGCGGAUGUGCUCGCACAGAACACCAACAAGUGGUCCGGUCGCGUCACCGUCUCGCGCAGGUUAGAACCCAAGAGACUGACCGUAGCCGAGCACACGGGCGUGGACAAUGAGCCGAGACAGAAACACACAAUUACGAGAAGAACCUUACACCAGUCGAAACUACUCGACCCGUCCCCUGAAGCCGUCUUCCAGACUCACCGGGACUUUGUCGAUGGGUUGCUGAGCGAGUGUCGUCUGAAGACCAAGCGGAUGCUGAUGGAAAGGAUGGGGAAGGAGUGUGUGGAAGUGGGUCAGGGAGAGGCCAGCAUCACGGGCCUCCAGGAAAACACACUCAUCCAUGGCCUGUGUGAUUUGCUGGAGAGAACCUGGGGCCACGGUCUGCAGAUGAAACAGGGAAAAUCUGCUCUCUGGUCCCAUCUGCUUCACUACCAGGCGGCUCAGGGGAAGACGGAGGCACCAGCUGGCUCUCCAGCUUAUUCAGGAUGCAACGGCUCAGACCAGAAGACGCUCGAUGAUGACAGUUUGCUUCUGAGAUGGUCAUUAAUACAGGACAUGAGGUUUAUCCAAACCAUGAGUGACAGUCUGUCCGAGGUGGCUCAGGCCAGAGCUUGGAUCCAUUUGGCUUUGGAGAAGAAAAUGCUGUCCCAACAUCUCAAAGAGCUGCUGACGAACCCGCAGCUGCUCAGACAAAUGUAUAAACCUCACGCAUUCCUACUCUGUGAGGAAGAGAGGGAACAGUUUCUGUUCCACCUGCUCUCCCUCAACACUGUGGACUACCUCUGUUUUACGCGCGUCUUCACCUCCAUCUGUAUUCCCUACCGUGUUGUCAUAGUACCCAUGAAGAAACUGAGCAUAGCCAUGGCAACAGUUAACCCGUGGGUGUGUGUGUCGGGAGAAAUGGGUGAUUCAGGAGUUAGACAGAUCCCAAAGAAUACACAAGAAAUCUUUUUCCAGUGUAAGAACCUGGGCAGGCUGAGCACGCUGCAGCUGGGGGUGCAGGAGAACUCAGGGCUGCUGGCCAAGUGUCUGGUUGACUGUGUGAUGGUCUACAAUGAAAUCACAGGACACACCUACAAGUUCCCAUGUGGCCGAUGGCUUGGGAAGGGUGUGGGUGACGGCAGCUUGGAGAGGGUCCUGAUCGGCCAGCUGGUAUCACCUGGUGCAGAGGAGGAUGCUGGAAGGUGGACAGGAACUCCUCCAGAGCUGGCCUCUCCGUCUCAGAGUGUGCGGACAAUGCUGGGAUCACUUGGCACCCGAAGCAGAAUGCACUCCGCUGAAGUACAAGAGGACGUGAGGGAGGCGGCAAAUAACCUUGUUAAACAUUUCCACAAACCUGAACAAGAGAGAGGAAACCUGACCGUCUUGUUAUGUGGAGAAGGGGGGCUGGUGCUUGCUUUGGAGAAAUUCCUCCUCCACGGAUUCAAAACCAACCGGCUAUUCCAGAGGAAUGUGUUUGUUUGGGAUUUUGUAGAGAAAGCAGUGGUUUCCAUGGAGACAGCGGAUCAGAUGGGUGACCUGCAUGGAUCGACGCUCCCAAAGGGUCCACCCUGCGACUCUCUGUGCCACUACGUCAAUGCCAUCAAUGGCUCGCCCCGAAACAUCGGAAAAGAGGGAAAAUUCCAGCUGUUCGUGUGCCUGGGGAUCAGGGACCGGCUUCUGUCCCAGUGGCUCCCCCUGCUGGCAGAGUGUCCCCUGACCGCUCGGACAUACGAAGAAGGAGCUCUAAUACGGGAACGUGCGGCUCUGCAGUCCCUCUGUCGUAUCCUACAAACCCUAAACGAGUUCAGCGUCACCCUGGAGGCAGCCUUGGUCAAAGGAGUUGACCUCUGACACUAACACGCUCCUGCCGCUCUGAAACAAAAUACUGGCACUCUAAUGGGUUCAAGUGUUUGUUCUUCUAUCUGUGGAAGAAGGGGGUACGCUCAGACACUUGCAAAAUGUGACUUCAUCAUCAAAAUGGCCCGUGAACCAGAUGAAAACACCGGCUACUCGAGCACCAAACAUAUUGCCUUGUUUACUGAUGUAAAUGUCUUACCUACUGUAUUUGCUUCAGGAAAUAGUCCUAUGCUUGUUUACACUGUGAAAUCCUGUCUCCAAGAGAAAUAGUCAAUGAUAAAGCCACACCUACAAUAGAUAUUUUCCCUGAUGAUAUGAUUUACUUUAUCUGACCAUAGAACAACUAUAACUGUCCGUUUACUGCUGUAUUGCUUGCACUGGAAUUUUAAACAUGCAUGGCCAGAAUAUUUGUUUCAUGUCUUUGGGUAUCGUGAUCUGUAAUGUCAUAAUUUAAGCCUUAUUAAUCUUCUUUGAUUUGAUAUAUUGGUAGAUCUACUUGAGGAAAAAAAAAUGUUGUCAUUGUAUGAUUUAAAAAUAAAAAUUGCUACAUUAUG